AAUCUCAAAAGGCACUGGGUAUAAUGAUGUCCAAUUGCACCGCUGUGACUGAGUUCCUACUCCUGGGAUUCUCCGAUGCCUUGGGAUUGCAGAUAUUGCACUUGGCCAUUUUUCUAACAAUAUACCUGGCAGCCCUGAUUGGGACCCUCCUUGUUAUCACGCUCAUAGCCUUUGACAGCCACCUCCACACCCCGAUGUACUUCUUCCUCCUCAAUCUGUCCAUCCUAGACAUUGGAUCCAUCUCUGUCGUUGUUCCCAAAUCCACAGCAAAUUCCAUGCUGAACACCAGGUUGAUUUCCUAUUCUGGAUGUGUCACCCAAGUUUUUUUAGUCCUCUUUUUCAUUGCAGCAGACCUUGCCAUCCUCACUAUCAUGGCUUACGACCGAUACAUCGCCAUCUGCAAACCACUGCACUAUUCAACAGUGAUGAACAGGAGAGCGUGUCUGCAAAUGGCAGCCACGGCCUGGAGCGCUGCUCUUCUGUUCUCUGCACUGCACACUGGUAACACCUUUAGGCUGCCCUUCUGCCACUCCAACAUCAUCAACCAGUUCUUCUGUGAAAUCCCCCAGCUCCUUAGGAUCUCUUUCUCUGAUGUGUUUACUAGUGAAAUUCAGAUUCUUAUUGGUGGUGCAUUUAUAGGUGCUGGUUGCAUUGUGUUUAUAUUUGUGUCGUAUAUUCAGAUAUUCACUACUGUACUGAGAAUCCCCUCUGAGCAGGCCUGGCAUAAAGUAGUUUCCACCUGCCUACCCCACCUUAUUGUAGUAUUAAUGCUUGGUAGCACUGGUAUGAUUGCCUAUAUGAAGCCCACAUCUGGGUCCCCGUCAACUCUGGAUCUCAUGCUUUCUGUUCUGUAUUCUGUGAUCCCACCAAUGAUGAAUCCAGUCAUCUACAGCAUGAGAAACAAAGACAUCAAAGCAGCUCUGUGGAAACUGAUAGGAUGGAAGUGGUUUAUUCCGCAGAAGAUGUCAGUGAUUCUCCAGUGACUGGUUUUACUGAACAUUUUUAUAGAAUCAAUCAACCAUGUUAUUAAUACAGAUUAAUUGAACACGUGUCAGUUGUUUCUUUAGUUUUACACCAUUUUAAAUAGCCUCUGUAUCUAAUUUUAAGGUUGUGUCUCCAUGAACUAGUU